CUCAUCUCUCUUCUGCACCACUUUUACACUCACACAACCUCUUUCCGACUUCCUCAGCUGUGAUCUUGGAUACCGCUUGCUUUGCUCGCGACCCAGUCCAGCAUCCUCUUCACUCAGCUCUCCACUCAUCAACCCCAUCACUUUCUCAUUCCAUACGUAACAUCGAUCUUAACCUCGAUAGAAGUCAUAUUCGGCAAGCUGGGGGUCUAAAUAAACCUCCAACAUCUCCGACCUCCUUGUGCACGUUUGAGACUCGUCUCGCGGCACCUCCUCCCCAUCUCAACUAUCUUAUCCCCCUCCACUCAUCGAUAUCUUACCCAUCUUGAACAUCCCACAAUAACAUUAUUCUCGUUUUUCUGCAUCUACUUCUUUCAACUUUCGACCUGACCACUGCCGACAAGAAACCCGAUCAUCAUGACCACUCUGUCUCCUUUCUCCGGAUCUCCCAAUUCCGUCAAAAAUGACAUCACCAACUCACCUCAACUCACGCAAACCACCACUCAAAGCAAUAUCAAGUCGUCCGUCCCCAGCAACACUUCCAAGUCCAAGCCUCGUAAACGCGUUAAUACCGCCGAGAAACGUAAUCAACACAAUGCCAUUGAACGAGCUCGACGCGAGACUCUCAAUGGAAAGUUUCACUCUCUCGCUCGACUUCUCCCUGCUCUCGCAUCCAGUCGACGCCCAAGCAAAGCAGCUAUUGUCAAUGGUUCCAUCAACCAUUUGACCCGCUCCCGAGAUGAUCGACUCUUCGCUGCUAAGAUUCUUCGUGCUGUCAUCGCCGAGCGAGACCAGCUUUUGGCGGAGAACAACACUUUCCGUAAAGCAGCCGGCUGUCCUCCUCGCGAAGCAUCCGAUCACAUGCACGAGAUGGAACGUAUUUGUGCUGUUGAAGACGAAGUCUUUGGUACUUUCCCUUCUUUCGACGCGGACGGCGAGGGAGAGGACGAUGACGAAAUGUCUAGUAGUGGAGUUGAACAGCCAUCAACGGCGACUUUCCAUCCCGCAACAGGCAACGGACUCGUCACUCCUCGUCCAUCUUCUGACUUUGACGUUUCUAUUAAUCAAGCAAACCCUCAGAACAUGUUCAACGUGUCGAUGACUUCCACUGCCCCACGCCAACCUCAAACGACCAAUGUCACCGCCACGGCGACGAUUAACGGUAUGAACUGGUCUCAAGAAUUCGCUUACGACAUGGCCGCUACCGCCGCUACCGGGACUGGGACCGGUAUGAACUUUUCAACGGGUUUCAUGACCGAUUCUGUAGAACGAGCUUCGUCCGGCUCCCCGACCACUUCCCAACAAGGUAUUUACACUCCCCCCGCUACUGUCCCCAGCAACGAGGUCAUGUAUGGUCCAUCCAUGACCACUCCUUCGCCCCGUUCGACAAGUCAAGUAGAAGAGAAGGUCGUUCAAACUCCCAUGGUGGCUCAAGCGCAACAGUGGUCCACCACGAAUAUGCUCCUGCAGCAAUACCAACAAGCUCAACGUCAGGCGCAGAUGAACUCUCAAGCUCAAUUACAAGUUCAACCUCAGCUUCAACCUCGACAAAUUCAGACACCGAACAUGGGGCAAGUGUAUGGAGGACUCAUGUUCCCUCAUUCCACGCAGAGCACCGCGUACACGGAACAGUUUUUGGAUUCGCUCUUGUCUCAGACUGUGCAAGAACAGGGUCAGGUGGAGAUGUGGCGUCAGAGUUCGGUGGGGAACGUUCAGCCUACUGUUGGGGAUAUAAAGAACGCCGUUCGCACCGGUAUGGACCUCGGAAUGAACAUGGCCACGAUGUGGCAAGACCAAGCUGUCGAGGGGUUUUGUUGAGUGAAUCUUGUAGAGACAUGGAAUUGGAAUGUAUAACGAGAACAAGGAUGAUUCGUGUGUAAAUCGGGGUUUCUUUUGUGUUUAAGGGAGUUGUAGGAUGAAACAAACGAUGAAAAGAAGGAUGAUUGCUAGACUGGGAUUCGU